AUGGCUCGUGUCGUGCCUUGCCCGCACAUCGCCAAUCGUGCUACUGCGUCUCCGCACUGCGCCGCGUCGUGCUCCUCAAUCGCACCGACAUGGAACCCCAUACCGUCCUCCUUCUCGCCUUUCGCCUCCGCGCUACGGCCAGCGGCCACUCCUCCGCGAUUAACGGCGAAUCCGCUAACGCGCGCGCGUGGGCCGCUGCGGCCGUUGCCAGCUAGGCGGCGUGCGCCCGUGGUGCGCGCGGCGGGGCAGGAGGGCGGAGAGAAGGACGAAGACAAGCCCAAGGCCGUCGGCACUCUGCCCGACGGCGAAGCCGGCAGUAAACCGCCCGAAUCCCCUUCUCCGCCUCCCCCGCCGUCCGCCGCCCCGCCGUCGUCCCCCGCGCCGGUGCAGCUGGACUCGUACGCGGUGGUGGCGCUGCUGGGGCCCGAGAAGGUCGACGCGGACGACGUGGCGCUGCUGCGCGCCAAGCUCUUCGGCUACUCCACCUUCUUCGUCACCGGCCAGGAGCCCUUUGGCGAGGCGGGCGAAGCCGUGCUGUUACAGGGUAACCUGCGCGGCCCUAAGGAGGAGGUGUUCGCGAAGCUGCGCGCGGGCAUGCGGCUGCUGUUCGGCGCAAAGUACGAGCUGCUGAUGGUGCGGGAGCCGCGCAAGCCGGGCGCGGCGGCGAGCGAGGGGGAGGGGAAGGAGGAGCGCGUGGCGAUGGUGGUGGUGCGCGCGGAGCAGCUGCAGGGCCGCGCCACCUCCGCGUGGCAGUUCGCGCUCGGCGCGCUGCUGCUCGCGCUCACCGGAGGGGCGUGCCUUGAACUGGGACUCGCCAGCCAGAUCUCCAAGGUGUCGCCGGAUGUGAUUCGCUACUUCACGUCACCCAAUCCCGAGGAGCUGACCCCGCCUGACGUGGCAGUGCUGGUACCCCUCGUGCAAAACGCCCUGCCCAUCGCCUACGGGGUCUUUGGCGUGCAAGUCUUCCACGAGGUGGCCCACUGGCUGACGGCAGCACAGAAGCGGGUCAGGCUCGGCAUCCCGUACCUCAUCCCCAACAUCACCAUCGGCAGCUUCGGGGCCAUCACUCAGAUCAAGAGCCCCUGUCCCAACCGCACUGCUCUCUUUGACAUUGCCAUUGCCGGCCCGCUAGCCGGCGCCACCCUGUCGCUCGCCAUGUUCGCGGCAGGCCUCGCCCUCUCGCUGCCGCCUGCAGGCCCGCUGGCAGCGCUGCCGGGGCUGCAGGAGUCGCUGGUGCAGGUGCCCUCGCAGCUCUUCCAGGGCUCCCUGCUGCUCGGCGCACUCUGUCGAGCCGUGCUGGGAUACGACUUGAUGCACGUGCAGGCAAUCACCAUCCACCCCCUCAUCAUUGUUGGAUGGUGUGGCCUGACCACCUCUGCUCUCAAUCUGUUGCCAGCAGGCCGGAUUGACGGGGGGCGAGCCACACAGGCUGCAUUUGGGCGUGACACUGUGGGCAUCACUAGCCUUGUGAUGUAUGGACUUCUGGGCAUCGGCUUGCUUGGAGGACCAUUUUCUCUGCCCUUUGGUCUCUACAUCCUCUUUCUUCAGUAUUUGGACGAGAAUAAGCAGCUGAUUCUUGCGAUCCUCGACAAUCAGAACUUGGGGAAACUUAAUGAAUGCGCACAAUACCAGGCUAGGCUGCAGCAAAAUCUUAUGUAUCUAGCUGCGAUCGCCGAUGCGCAACCUCAAGUUCCUCCUCCUCAGGACCAACAGCCGUCGUAUUCGCAGGGCCAGCAGAUGAUGCAGCAGCAGCAGAUGGCUCCAGCUGCAUCUCAGCCGGUUGUUGCCAGCGCUGUGAGCGGCGCUGGCAGCGAAGCCUCUGCAGGAGGAAACGGUGCUCCUGUUGGCAGCUUUGGCGACUAUGGGCAGGCACAGGUUGCUCAGCCACAGGCACCUACAGCACAACCAGCAGAUACGAAUAUGGCCAUGCCAGCGUCGUGCCCCGCGGGCGUGGUGUGUCCGACGGGCGCGACGUGCGCGGUGGACGGCAGCGGAUACCCCUUCUGCAAGUGCGCGGCGGGGCAGGCCAUCAUCAACGGCGUGUGCGCGCCGGCCGCCAGCUGGGCGGAGGUCGGCACCAACGUCGUGCUCUACAACCGCGGCUCGUACACCAACUACCCCAAAACACUCGCGCCGGCCGUGCUGCGCGGCGCGGCGCCGAACUCGAGCGCGUGCGUGAACCUGCCGGCGUCGUUCAACGGGUCGGUGGGGUCGCUGCGGAUCAUGUGGAACGUGAACGACGGCGUGGCGAACCACCUGGUGUGCGGCAAGCUCUUCUUCUGGGACAAACCCAACUGCUGCUGCUCCGGCUCGGGUUACCAGAUCCCCGGCGGGUGGACCACCGUCGACCCCAACAAGUUCACCUACACCAGCACCAGCGUCAAGUCGGCGAGCAGCAUUAUUCUGACGGCGAGGUCCAUCUCGUGCCAGGCCGCCAUCGCCACCAACACGUACCCCUGCGCCACCAAGACCUGCCCCGUCAACGCCGCGUGCUCCGUGGUCAACAGUGCCGCCGUGUGCACGUGCAACGCUGGAUACAGCAUGGUCAGCGGGCAAUGCGUUGGUGAGUCGGCCUUCUGUUCCGCAGUGCUGCGCAAUGCAGUGUUAGCGCCACGCAACCUGCGCCCUCACUCUUUUCUGCAUCUGCCCCUACUUCCCCUUGUGUCAGCAACAACGUCCAACCCGUGCACGGGGUACAGCUGUCCCGCCAACUCAGCAUGCUCCAACGUCAAUGGCGUCGCCACGUGCACGUGCAGUGCUGGUUACCAGAUGGUUAACGGCCAGUGUGUCGUGCCCAACCCGUGCACGGGGUACACCUGUCCCGCCAACUCAGCAUGCUCCAACGUGAAUGGCGUCGCCACGUGCACGUGCAGUGCUGGUUACCAGAUGGUCAACGGCCAGUGCGUUGCCAAUUUUUUCCUCCGUUCUCCCUUUUUCACCUCUGAUGUCUCUCCUGCCUCUUGCCCAUGCGUUUAUUUGCCUGCCCCCUUGCACUCUCCUCCCCCCACACCAGUGCCCAACCCUUGCACGGGGUACAGCUGUCCCGUUAACUCAGCGUGCUCCAACGUCAACGGUGUUGCCACGUGCACGUGCAAUACUGGUUACCAGAUGGUCAACGGACAGUGCGUGGUGCCCAACCCGUGCACGGGGUACAGCUGUCCCGCCAACUCAGCAUGCUCCAACGUUAAUGGUGUCGCCACGUGCACGUGCAAUACCGGAUACCAGAUGGUCAACGGCCAGUGCGUGGGUGAGUCAGCUGCCUUUAUCUCACUCUGUGAAUCUCCACCUAUCCUUUACCCCCCAAGCCCCCACUCUCUCCUUUCCGACUGUCUCUCCUCCCUCUUUCCACCUCUUCUGCUCUCCACUUCCUCCACCCUUCUCCCCGCACCUCCGAUUUCUCUCUUGUUUCUGACCAACACGAAUAUCUGCUGGUUUCCCUGCCUUCCCCUCUCCCAUUCACCAGUGCCCAACCCGUGCACGGGGUACAGCUGUCCCGCCAACUCAGCAUGCUCCAACGUCAAUGGCGUCGCCACGUGCACGUGCAGUGCUGGUUACCAGAUGGUCAACGGCCAGUGCGUCGUGCCCAACCCGUGCACGGGGUACAGUUGUCCCGCCAACUCGGCAUGUUCAAAUGUCAAUGGCGUCGCCACGUGCACGUGCAAUACCGGUUACCAGAUGGUCGGCGGCCAGUGCGUUGUGCCCAACCCGUGCACGGGGUACACCUGUCCCGCCAACUCAGCAUGCUCCAACGUCAAUGGCGUCGCCACGUGCACGUGCAGCACCGGCUACCAGAUGGUCAAUGGCCAGUGCGUCGCAAUCACCGACCCGUGUCUGACAACCACGUGUCCCGCCAAGGCCACGUGCAGCAGCGUGAAUGGCGUGGCCACGUGUGUGUGCGCCGUGGGCUACACCCUCGUCAGCGGCGCCUGCCAGCGUACGCGCUCCUGGCCCCCUUCAGCCCCUCUCUCACUCUCUCCUUCUUCGUUUGCCCUCGCGUCCGUCCGCGCCCCCCCACCCUCUCUCUCUCUCCCCUCGUUACCGCUCUUGCCCUUGUCGACCCUCCCACCCUCACCCACCAGCCCAGCUGCCGUCUCUCUUUCCUUCCUCUCCGCCUCUACUUACCGCCUCACUCGCCCAUGCAUGCACCCCUCUAAUGCUCUGUGCAAGUCCUCUUCUUCCCCCACUCCUCCCCCCUUUCCCCGACCACCAGCGGCCGCCCCCUGCUCGUUGGUGAAAUGCCCGGCCAACUGCACCUGCUCCUCCGCCAAUGGCGUCGCCAAGUGUGACUGCCCCAAUGACCUGUGCUACGGGGUGAAGUGUCCCGACGUCUCCAAGUGCACUUUCAUGCUCGGCGCGCCCGUCUGCACGUGCCCUGCGCCCUACACGCGCCUCAUUGACAACAAGUGCUCCUCCGCAACGUUGGCGAAUUCGGACUAUCUGGACAACCAAAACGCGGCCAGGGCGGCAGUGGGCGCCAUUCCGCUCGUCUGGAACGCCUCCCGUGAGUGCCCACCACCUCGCCCUUCCUCAUGCGUGAUGCCGCCUCUUGCCACGCCUCUUCUGCCUCUUGCCACGCCUCUUCUGCCUCUUGCCACGCCUUGUCUGCCUCUUGCCAAGCCUCUUCUGCCUCUUGCCACGCCUCUUCUGCCUCUUGCCACGCCUUGUCUGCCUCUUGCCAAGCCUCUUCUGCCUCUUGCCACGCCUCUUCUGCCUCUUGCCACGCCUUGUCUGCCUCUUGCCAAGCCUCUUCUGCCUCUUGCCACGCCUCUUCUGCCUCUUGCCACGCCUUGUCUGCCUCUUGCCAAGCCUCUUCUGCCUCUUGCCACGCCUCUUCUGCCUCUUGCCACGCCUUGUCUGCCUCUUGCCAAGCCUCUUCUGCCUCUUGCCACGCCUCUUCUGCCUCUUGCCACGCCUUGUCUGCCUCUUGCCAAGCCUCUUCUGCCUCUUGCCACGCCUCUUCUGCCUCUUGCCACGCCUUGUCUGCCUCUUGCCAAGCCUCUUCUGCCUCUUGCCACGCCUCUUCUGCCUCUUGCCAAGCCUCUUCUGCCUCUUGCCACGCCUCUUCUGCCUCUUGCCAAGCCUCUUCUGCCUCUUGCCACGCCUCUUCUGCCUCUUGCCACGCCUCUUCUGCCUCUUGCCACGCCUUGUCUGCCUCUUGCCAAGCCUCUUCUGCCUCUUGCCACGCCUCUUCUGUCUCUUGCCACGCCUUGUCUGCCUCUUGCCAAGCCUCUUCUGCCUCUUGCCACGCCUCUUCUGCCUCUUGCCACGCCUUGUCUGCCUCUUGCCAAGCCUCUUCUGCCUCUUGCCACGCCUCUUCUGCCUCUUGCCACGCCUUGUCUGCCUCUUGCCAAGCCUCUUCUGCCUCUUGCCACGCCUCUUCUGCCUCUUGCCACGCCUUGUCUGCCUCUUGCCAAGCCUCUUCUGCCUCUUGCCACGCCUCUUCUGCCUCUUGCCACGCCUUGUCUGCCUCUUGCCAAGCCUCUUCUGCCUCUUGCCACGCCUCUUCUGCCUCUUGCCACGCCUUGUCUGCCUCUUGCCAAGCCUCUUCUGCCUCUUGCCACGCCUCUUCUGCCUCUUGCCACGCCUUGUCUGCCUCUUGCCAAGCCUCUUCUGCCUCUUGCCACGCCUCUUCUGCCUCUUGCCACGCCUUGUCUGCCUCUUGCCAAGCCUCUUCUGCCUCUUGCCACGCCUCUUCUGCCUCUUGCCACGCCUUGUCUGCCUCUUGCCAAGCCUCUUCUGCCUCUUGCCACGCCUCUUCUGCCUCUUGCCAAGCCUCUUCUGCCUCUUGCCACGCCUCUUCUGCCUCUUGCCAAGCCUCUUCUGCCUCUUGCCACGCCUCUUCUGCCUCUUGCCACGCCUCUUCUGCCUCUUGCCACGCCUUGUCUGCCUCUUGCCAAGCCUCUUCUGCCUCUUGCCACGCCUCUUCUGCCUCUUGCCACGCCUUGUCUGCCUCUUGCCAAGCCUCUUCUGCCUCUUGCCACGCCUCUUCUGCCUCUUGCCACGCCUUGUCUGCCUCUUGCCAAGCCUCUUCUGCCUCUUGCCACGCCUCUUCUGCCUCUUGCCACGCCUUGUCUGCCUCUUGCCAAGCCUCUUCUGCCUCUUGCCACGCCUUGUCUGCCUCUUGCCAAGCCUCUUCUGCCUCUUGCCACGCCUCUUCUGCCUCUUGCCACGCCUUGUCUGCCUCUUGCCAAGCCUCUUCUGCCUCUUGCCACGCCUCUUCUGCCUCUUGCCACGCCUUGUCUGCCUCUUGCCAAGCCUCUUCUGCCUCUUGCCACGCCUUGUCUGCCUCUUGCCAAGCCUCUUCUGCCUCUUGCCACGCCUCUUCUGCCUCUUGCCACGCCUUGUCUGCCUCUUGCCAAGCCUCUUCUGCCUCUUGCCACGCCUCUUCUGCCUCUUGCCACGCCUUGUCUGCCUCUUGCCAAGCCUCUUCUGCCUCUUGCCACGCCUCUUCUGCCUCUUGCCAAGCCUCUUCUGCCUCUUGCCACGCCUCUUCUGCCUCUUGCCAAGCCUCUUCUGCCUCUUGCCACGCCUCUUCUGCCUCUUGCCACGCCUCUUCUGCCUCUUGCCACGCCUUGUCUGCCUCUUGCCAAGCCUCUUCUGCCUCUUGCCACGCCUCUUCUGCCUCUUGCCACGCCUUGUCUGCCUCUUGCCAAGCCUCUUCUGCCUCUUGCCACGCCUCUUCUGCCUCUUGCCACGCCUUGUCUGCCUCUUGCCAAGCCUCUUCUGCCUCUUUCCACGCCUUGUCUGCCUCUUGCCAAGCCUCUUCUGCCUCUUGCCACGCCUCUUCUGCCUCUUGCCACGCCUUGUCUGCCUCUUGCCAAGCCUCUUCUGCCUCUUGCCACGCCUCUUCUGCCUCUUGCCAAGCCUCUUCUGCCUCUUGCCACGCCUCUUCUGCCUCUUGCCAAGCCUCUUCUGCCUCUUGCCACGCCUCUUCUGCCUCUUGCCACGCCUCUUCUGCCUCUUGCCACGCCUCUUCUGCCUCUUGCCACGCCUCUUCUGCCUCUUGCCACGCCUUGUCUGCCUCUUGCCAAGCCUCUUCUGCCUCUUGCCACGCCUUGUCUGCCUCUUGCCAAGCCUCUUCUGCCUCUUGCCACGCCUCUUCUGCCUCUUGCCACGCCUUGUCUGCCUCUUGCCAAGCCUCUUCUGCCUCUUGCCACGCCUCUUCUGCCUCUUGCCACGCCUUGUCUGCCUCUUGCCAAGCCUCUUCUGCCUCUUGCCACGCCUCUUCUGCCUCUUGCCAAGCCUCUUCUGCCUCUUGCCACGCCUCUUCUGCCUCUUGCCAAGCCUCUUCUGCCUCUUGCCACGCCUCUUCUGCCUCUUGCCACGCCUCUUCUGCCUCUUGCCACGCCUUGUCUGCCUCUUGCCAAGCCUCUUCUGCCUCUUGCCACGCCUCUUCUGCCUCUUGCCACGCCUUGUCUGCCUCUUGCCAAGCCUCUUCUGCCUCUUGCCACGCCUCUUCUGCCUCUUGCCACGCCUUGUCUGCCUCUUGCCAAGCCUCUUCUGCCUCUUGCCACGCCUCUUCUGCCUCUUGCCACGCCUUUUCUGCCUCUUGCCAAGCCUCUUCUGCCUCUUGCCACGCCUCUUCUGCCUCUUGCCACGCCUUGUCUGCCUCUUGCCAAGCCUCUUCUGCCUCUUGCCACGCCUCUUCUGCCUCUUGCCACGCCUUGUCUGCCUCUUGCCAAGCCUCUUCUGCCUCUUGCCACGCCUCUUCUGCCUCUUGCCACGCCUUGUCUGCCUCUUGCCAAGCCUCUUCUGCCUCUUGCCACGCCUCUUCUGCCUCUUGCCACGCCUUGUCUGCCUCUUGCCACGCCUCUUCUGCCUCUUGCCACGCCUCUUCUGCCUCUUGCCACGCCUUGUCUGCCUCUUGCCAAGCCUCUUCUGCCUCUUGCCACGCCUCUUCUGCCUCUUGCCACGCCUUGUCUGCCUCUUGCCAAGCCUCUUCUGCCUCUUGCCACGCCUCUUCUGCCUCUUGCCAAGCCUCUUCUGCCUCUUGCCACGCCUCUUCUGCCUCUUGCCAAGCCUCUUCUGCCUCUUGCCACGCCUCUUCUGCCUCUUGCCACGCCUCUUCUGCCUCUUGCCACGCCUUGUCUGCCUCUUGCCAAGCCUCUUCUGCCUCUUGCCACGCCUCUUCUGCCUCUUGCCACGCCUUGUCUGCCUCUUGCCAAGCCUCUUCUGCCUCUUGCCACGCCUCUUCUGCCUCUUGCCACGCCUUGUCUGCCUCUUGCCAAGCCUCUUCUGCCUCUUGCCACGCCUCUUCUGCCUCUUGCCACGCCUUGUCUGCCUCUUGCCAAGCCUCUUCUGCCUCUUGCCACGCCUUGUCUGCCUCUUGCCAAGCCUCUUCUGCCUCUUGCCACGCCUCUUCUGCCUCUUGCCACGCCUUGUCUGCCUCUUGCCAAGCCUCUUCUGCCUCUUGCCACGCCUCUUCUGCCUCUUGCCACGCCUUGUCUGCCUCUUGCCAAGCCUCUUCUGCCUCUUGCCACGCCUCUUCUGCCUCUUGCCACGCCUUGUCUGCCUCUUGCCAAGCCUCUUCUGCCUCUUGCCACGCCUCUUCUGCCUCUUGCCACGCCUCUUCUGCCUCUUGCCAAGCCUCUUCUGCCUCUUGCCACGCCUCUUCUGCCUCUUGCCAAGCCUCUUCUGCCUCUUGCCAAGCCUCUUCUGCCUCUUGCCACGCCUCUUCUGCCUCUUGCCAAGCCUCUUCUGCCUCUUGCCACGCCUCUUCUGCCUCUUGCCAAGCCUCUUCUGCCUCUUGCCACGCCUCUUCUGCCUCUUGCCACGCCUCUUCUGCCUCUUGCCACGCCUUGUCUGCCUCUUGCCAAGCCUCUUCUGCCUCUUGCCACGCCUCUUCUGCCUCUUGCCACGCCUUGUCUGCCUCUUGCCAAGCCUCUUCUGCCUCUUGCCACGCCUCUUCUGCCUCUUGCCACGCCUUGUCUGCCUCUUGCCAAGCCUCUUCUGCCUCUUGCCACGCCUCUUCUGCCUCUUGCCACGCCUUGUCUGCCUCUUGCCAAGCCUCUUCUGCCUCUUGCCACGCCUUGUCUGCCUCUUGCCAAGCCUCUUCUGCCUCUUGCCACGCCUCUUCUGCCUCUUGCCACGCCUUGUCUGCCUCUUGCCAAGCCUCUUCUGCCUCUUGCCACGCCUCUUCUGCCUCUUGCCACGCCUUGUCUGCCUCUUGCCAAGCCUCUUCUGCCUCUUGCCACGCCUUGUCUGCCUCUUGCCAAGCCUCUUCUGCCUCUUGCCACGCCUCUUCUGCCUCUUGCCACGCCUUGUCUGCCUCUUGCCAAGCCUCUUCUGCCUCUUGCCACGCCUCUUCUGCCUCUUGCCACGCCUUGUCUGCCUCUUGCCAAGCCUCUUCUGCCUCUUGCCACGCCUCUUCUGCCUCUUGCCAAGCCUCUUCUGCCUCUUGCCACGCCUCUUCUGCCUCUUGCCAAGCCUCUUCUGCCUCUUGCCACGCCUCUUCUGCCUCUUGCCACGCCUCUUCUGCCUCUUGCCACGCCUCUUCUGCCUCUUGCCACGCCUCUUCUGCCUCUUGCCACGCCUUGUCUGCCUCUUGCCAAGCCUCUUCUGCCUCUUGCCACGCCUCUUCUGCCUCUUGCCAAGCCUCUUCUGCCUCUUGCCACGCCUCUUCUGCCUCUUGCCAAGCCUCUUCUGCCUCUUGCCAAGCCUCUUCUGCCUCUUGCCACGCCUCUUCUGCCUCUUGCCAAGCCUCUUCUGCCUCUUGCCACGCCUCUUCUGCCUCUUGCCACGCCUCUUCUGCCUCUUGCCACGCCUCUUCUGCCUCUUGCCACGCCUCUUCUGCCUCUUGCCAAGCCUCUUCUGCCUCUUGCCACGCCUCUUCUGCCUCUUGCCAAGCCUCUUCUGCCUCUUGCCACGCCUCUUCUGCCUCUUGCCACGCCUUGUCUGCCUCUUGCCAAGCCUCUUCUGCCUCUUGCCACGCCUUGUCUGCCUCUUGCCAAGCCUCUUCUGCCUCUUGCCACGCCUCUUCUGCCUCUUGCCACGCCUUGUCUGCCUCUUGCCAAGCCUCUUCUGCCUCUUGCCAAGCCUCUUCUGCCUCUUGCCAAGCCUCUUCUGCCUCUUGCCACGCCUUGUCUGCCUCUUGCCAAGCCUCUUCUGCCUCUUGCCAAGCCUCUUCUGCCUCUUGCCAAGCCUCUUCUGCCUCUUGCCACGCCUCUUCUGCCUCUUGCCAAGCCUCUUCUGCCUCUUGCCAAGCCUCUUCUGCCUCUUGCCACGCCUCUUCUGCCUCUUGCCAAGCCUCUUCUGCCUCUUGCCACGCCUCUUCUGCCUCUUGCCACGCCUCUUCUGCCUCUUGCCAAGCCUCUUCUGCCUCUUGCCACGCCUCUUCUGCCUCUUGCCAAGCCUCUUCUGCCUCUUGCCACGCCUCUUCUGCCUCUUGCCACGCCUCUUCUGCCUCUUGCCACGCCUCUUCUGCCUCUUGCCACGCCUCUUCUGCCUCUUGCCACGCCUCUUCUGCCUCUUGCCAAGCCUCUUCUGCCUCUUGCCACGCCUCUUCUGCCUCUUGCCAAGCCUCUUCUGCCUCUUGCCACGCCUCUUCUGCCUCUUGCCACGCCUUGUCUGCCUCUUGCCAAGCCUCUUCUGCCUCUUGCCACGCCUUGUCUGCCUCUUGCCAAGCCUCUUCUGCCUCUUGCCACGCCUCUUCUGCCUCUUGCCACGCCUUGUCUGCCUCUUGCCAAGCCUCUUCUGCCUCUUGCCAAGCCUCUUCUGCCUCUUGCCAAGCCUCUUCUGCCUCUUGCCACGCCUUGUCUGCCUCUUGCCAAGCCUCUUCUGCCUCUUGCCAAGCCUCUUCUGCCUCUUGCCAAGCCUCUUCUGCCUCUUGCCACGCCUCUUCUGCCUCUUGCCAAGCCUCUUCUGCCUCUUGCCAAGCCUCUUCUGCCUCUUGCCACGCCUCUUCUGCCUCUUGCCAAGCCUCUUCUGCCUCUUGCCACGCCUCUUCUGCCUCUUGCCACGCCUCUUCUGCCUCUUGCCACGCCUCUUCUGCCUCUUGCCACGCCUCUUCUGCCUCUUGCCAAGCCUCUUCUGCCUCUUGCCACGCCUCUUCUGCCUCUUGCCACGCCUCUUCUGCCUCUUGCCACGCCUCUUCUGCCUCUUGCCAAGCCUCUUCUGCCUCUUGCCACGCCUCUUCUGCCUCUUGCCACGCCUCUUCUGCCUCUUGCCAAGCCUCUUCUGCCUCUUGCCACGCCUCUUCUGCCUCUUGCCAAGCCUCUUCUGCCUCUUGCCACGCCUCUUCUGCCUCUUGCCACGCCUCUUCUGCCUCUUGCCACGCCUCUUCUGCCUCUUGCCACGCCUCUUCUGCCUCUUGCCACGCCUCUUCUGCCUCUUGCCAAGCCUCUUCUGCCUCUUGCCACGCCUCUUCUGCCUCUUGCCACGCCUCUUCUGCCUCUUGCCAAGCCUCUUCUGCCUCUUGCCACGCCUCUUCUGCCUCUUGCCAAGCCUCUUCUGCCUCUUGCCACGCCUCUUCUGCCUCUUGCCACGCCUCUUCUGCCUCUUGCCACGCCUCUUCUGCCUCUUGCCACGCCUCUUCUGCCUCUUGCCACGCCUCUUCUGCCUCUUGCCACGCCUUGUCUGCCUCUUGCCAAGCCUCUUCUGCCUCUUGCCAAGCCUCUUCUGCCUCUUGCCAAGCCUCUUCUGCCUCUUGCCACGCCUUGUCUGCCUCUUGCCAAGCCUCUUCUGCCUCUUGCCAAGCCUCUUCUGCCUCUUGCCAAGCCUCUUCUGCCUCUUGCCACGCCUCUUCUGCCUCUUGCCAAGCCUCUUCUGCCUCUUGCCACGCCUCUUCUGCCUCUUGCCACGCCUUGUCUGCCUCUUGCCAAGCCUCUUCUGCCUCUUGCCACGCCUUGUCUGCCUCUUGCCAAGCCUCUUCUGCCUCUUGCCACGCCUCUUCUGCCUCUUGCCACGCCUUGUCUGCCUCUUGCCAAGCCUCUUCUGCCUCUUGCCAAGCCUCUUCUGCCUCUUGCCAAGCCUCUUCUGCCUCUUGCCACGCCUUGUCUGCCUCUUGCCAAGCCUCUUCUGCCUCUUGCCAAGCCUCUUCUGCCUCUUGCCAAGCCUCUUCUGCCUCUUGCCACGCCUCUUCUGCCUCUUGCCAAGCCUCUUCUGCCUCUUGCCAAGCCUCUUCUGCCUCUUGCCACGCCUCUUCUGCCUCUUGCCAAGCCUCUUCUGCCUCUUGCCACGCCUCUUCUGCCUCUUGCCACGCCUCUUCUGCCUCUUGCCACGCCUCUUCUGCCUCUUGCCACGCCUCUUCUGCCUCUUGCCAAGCCUCUUCUGCCUCUUGCCACGCCUCUUCUGCCUCUUGCCACGCCUCUUCUGCCUCUUGCCACGCCUCUUCUGCCUCUUGCCAAGCCUCUUCUGCCUCUUGCCACGCCUCUUCUGCCUCUUGCCACGCCUCUUCUGCCUCUUGCCAAGCCUCUUCUGCCUCUUGCCACGCCUCUUCUGCCUCUUGCCAAGCCUCUUCUGCCUCUUGCCACGCCUCUUCUGCCUCUUGCCACGCCUCUUCUGCCUCUUGCCACGCCUCUUCUGCCUCUUGCCACGCCUCUUCUGCCUCUUGCCACGCCUCUUCUGCCUCUUGCCAAGCCUCUUCUGCCUCUUGCCACGCCUCUUCUGCCUCUUGCCACGCCUCUUCUGCCUCUUGCCAAGCCUCUUCUGCCUCUUGCCACGCCUCUUCUGCCUCUUGCCAAGCCUCUUCUGCCUCUUGCCACGCCUCUUCUGCCUCUUGCCACGCCUCUUCUGCCUCUUGCCACGCCUCUUCUGCCUCUUGCCACGCCUCUUCUGCCUCUUGCCACGCCUCUUCUGCCUCUUGCCACGCCUUGUCUGCCUCUUGCCAAGCCUCUUCUGCCUCUUGCCAAGCCUCUUCUGCCUCUUGCCAAGCCUCUUCUGCCUCUUGCCACGCCUUGUCUGCCUCUUGCCAAGCCUCUUCUGCCUCUUGCCAAGCCUCUUCUGCCUCUUGCCAAGCCUCUUCUGCCUCUUGCCACGCCUCUUCUGCCUCUUGCCAAGCCUCUUCUGCCUCUUGCCAAGCCUCUUCUGCCUCUUGCCACGCCUCUUCUGCCUCUUGCCAAGCCUCUUCUGCCUCUUGCCACGCCUCUUCUGCCUCUUGCCACGCCUCUUCUGCCUCUUGCCAGGCCUCUUCUGCCUCUUGCCACGCCUCUUCUGCCUCUUGCCAAGCCUCUUCUGCCUCUUGCCACGCCUCUUCUGCCUCUUGCCACGCCUCUUCUGCCUCUUGCCACGCCUCUUCUGCCUCUUGCCACGCCUCUUCUGCCUCUUGCCACGCCUCUUCUGCCUCUUGCCAAGCCUCUUCUGCCUCUUGCCACGCCUCUUCUGCCUCUUGCCAAGCCUCUUCUGCCUCUUGCCACGCCUCUUCUGCCUCUUGCCACGCCUUGUCUGCCUCUUGCCAAGCCUCUUCUGCCUCUUGCCACGCCUUGUCUGCCUCUUGCCAAGCCUCUUCUGCCUCUUGCCACGCCUCUUCUGCCUCUUGCCACGCCUUGUCUGCCUCUUGCCAAGCCUCUUCUGCCUCUUGCCAAGCCUCUUCUGCCUCUUGCCAAGCCUCUUCUGCCUCUUGCCACGCCUUGUCUGCCUCUUGCCAAGCCUCUUCUGCCUCUUGCCAAGCCUCUUCUGCCUCUUGCCAAGCCUCUUCUGCCUCUUGCCACGCCUCUUCUGCCUCUUGCCAAGCCUCUUCUGCCUCUUGCCAAGCCUCUUCUGCCUCUUGCCACGCCUCUUCUGCCUCUUGCCAAGCCUCUUCUGCCUCUUGCCACGCCUCUUCUGCCUCUUGCCACGCCUCUUCUGCCUCUUGCCACGCCUCUUCUGCCUCUUGCCACGCCUCUUCUGCCUCUUGCCAAGCCUCUUCUGCCUCUUGCCACGCCUCUUCUGCCUCUUGCCACGCCUCUUCUGCCUCUUGCCACGCCUCUUCUGCCUCUUGCCAAGCCUCUUCUGCCUCUUGCCACGCCUCUUCUGCCUCUUGCCACGCCUCUUCUGCCUCUUGCCAAGCCUCUUCUGCCUCUUGCCACGCCUCUUCUGCCUCUUGCCAAGCCUCUUCUGCCUCUUGCCACGCCUCUUCUGCCUCUUGCCACGCCUCUUCUGCCUCUUGCCACGCCUCUUCUGCCUCUUGCCACGCCUCUUCUGCCUCUUGCCACGCCUCUUCUGCCUCUUGCCACGCCUCUUCUGCCUCUUGCCAAGCCUCUUCUGCCUCUUGCCACGCCUCUUCUGCCUCUUGCCACGCCUCUUCUGCCUCUUGCCAAGCCUCUUCUGCCUCUUGCCACGCCUCUUCUGCCUCUUGCCAAGCCUCUUCUGCCUCUUGCCACGCCUCUUCUGCCUCUUGCCACGCCUCUUCUGCCUCUUGCCACGCCUCUUCUGCCUCUUGCCACGCCUCUUCUGCCUCUUGCCACGCCUCUUCUGCCUCUUGCCACGCCUUGUCUGCCUCUUGCCAAGCCUCUUCUGCCUCUUGCCAAGCCUCUUCUGCCUCUUGCCAAGCCUCUUCUGCCUCUUGCCACGCCUUGUCUGCCUCUUGCCAAGCCUCUUCUGCCUCUUGCCAAGCCUCUUCUGCCUCUUGCCAAGCCUCUUCUGCCUCUUGCCACGCCUCUUCUGCCUCUUGCCAAGCCUCUUCUGCCUCUUGCCAAGCCUCUUCUGCCUCUUGCCACGCCUCUUCUGCCUCUUGCCAAGCCUCUUCUGCCUCUUGCCACGCCUCUUCUGCCUCUUGCCACGCCUCUUCUGCCUCUUGCCAAGCCUCUUCUGCCUCUUGCCACGCCUCUUCUGCCUCUUGCCAAGCCUCUUCUGCCUCUUGCCACGCCUCUUCUGCCUCUUGCCACGCCUCUUCUGCCUCUUGCCACGCCUCUUCUGCCUCUUGCCACGCCUCUUCUGCCUCUUGCCACGCCUCUUCUGCCUCUUGCCAAGCCUCUUCUGCCUCUUGCCACGCCUCUUCUGCCUCUUGCCAAGCCUCUUCUGCCUCUUGCCACGCCUCUUCUGCCUCUUGCCACGCCUUGUCUGCCUCUUGCCAAGCCUCUUCUGCCUCUUGCCACGCCUUGUCUGCCUCUUGCCAAGCCUCUUCUGCCUCUUGCCACGCCUCUUCUGCCUCUUGCCACGCCUUGUCUGCCUCUUGCCAAGCCUCUUCUGCCUCUUGCCAAGCCUCUUCUGCCUCUUGCCAAGCCUCUUCUGCCUCUUGCCACGCCUUGUCUGCCUCUUGCCAAGCCUCUUCUGCCUCUUGCCAAGCCUCUUCUGCCUCUUGCCAAGCCUCUUCUGCCUCUUGCCACGCCUCUUCUGCCUCUUGCCAAGCCUCUUCUGCCUCUUGCCAAGCCUCUUCUGCCUCUUGCCACGCCUCUUCUGCCUCUUGCCAAGCCUCUUCUGCCUCUUGCCACGCCUCUUCUGCCUCUUGCCACGCCUCUUCUGCCUCUUGCCACGCCUCUUCUGCCUCUUGCCACGCCUCUUCUGCCUCUUGCCAAGCCUCUUCUGCCUCUUGCCACGCCUCUUCUGCCUCUUGCCACGCCUCUUCUGCCUCUUGCCACGCCUCUUCUGCCUCUUGCCAAGCCUCUUCUGCCUCUUGCCACGCCUCUUCUGCCUCUUGCCACGCCUCUUCUGCCUCUUGCCAAGCCUCUUCUGCCUCUUGCCACGCCUCUUCUGCCUCUUGCCAAGCCUCUUCUGCCUCUUGCCAAGCCUCUUCUGCCUCUUGCCACGCCUCUUCUGCCUCUUGCCACGCCUCUUCUGCCUCUUGCCACGCCUCUUCUGCCUCUUGCCACGCCUCUUCUGCCUCUUGCCACGCCUCUUCUGCCUCUUGCCAAGCCUCUUCUGCCUCUUGCCACGCCUCUUCUGCCUCUUGCCACGCCUCUUCUGCCUCUUGCCAAGCCUCUUCUGCCUCUUGCCACGCCUCUUCUGCCUCUUGCCAAGCCUCUUCUGCCUCUUGCCACGCCUCUUCUGCCUCUUGCCACGCCUCUUCUGCCUCUUGCCACGCCUCUUCUGCCUCUUGCCACGCCUCUUCUGCCUCUUGCCACGCCUCUUCUGCCUCUUGCCACGCCUCUUCUGCCUCUUGCCACGCCUCUUCUGCCUCUUGCCACGCCUCUUCUGCCUCUUGCCACGCCUCUUCUGCCUCUUGCCACGCCUCUUCUGCCUCUUGCCACGCCUUGUCUGCCUCUUGCCAAGCCUCUUCUGCCUCUUGCCAAGCCUCUUCUGCCUCUUGCCACGCCUCUUCUGCCUCUUGCCAAGCCUCUUCUGCCUCUUGCCAAGCCUCUUCUGCCUCUUGCCACGCCUCUUCUGCCUCUUGCCACGCCUCUUCUGCCUCUUGCCACGCCUCUUCUGCCUCUUGCCAAGCCUCUUCUGCCUCUUGCCACGCCUCUUCUGCCUCUUGCCACGCCUCUUCUGCCUCUUGCCACGCCUUGUCUGCCUCUUGCCAAGCCUCUUCUGCCUCUUGCCACGCCUCUUCUGCCUCUUGCCACGCCUUGUCUGCCUCUUGCCAAGCCUCUUCUGCCUCUUGCCAAGCCUCUUCUGCCUCUUGCCAAGCCUCUUCUGCCUCUUGCCACGCCUUGUCUGCCUCUUGCCACGCCUCUUCUGCCUCUUGCCAAGCCUCUUCUGCCUCUUGCCAAGCCUCUUCUGCCUCUUGCCAAGCCUCUUCUGCCUCUUGCCAAGCCUCUUCUGCCUCUUGCCAAGCCUCUUCUGCCUCUUGCCACGCCUCUUCUGCCUCUUGCCACGCCUCUUCUGCCUCUUGCCACGCCUCUUCUGCCUCUUGCCACGCCUCUUCUGCCUCUUGCCAAGCCUCUUCUGCCUCUUGCCACGCCUCUUCUGCCUCUUGCCAAGCCUCUUCUGCCUCUUGCCACGCCUCUUCUGCCUCUUGCCACGCCUCUUCUGCCUCUUGCCACGCCUCUUCUGCCUCUUGCCACGCCUCUUCUGCCUCUUGCCACGCCUCUUCUGCCUCUUGCCACGCCUCUUCUGCCUCUUGCCAAGCCUCUUCUGCCUCUUGCCACGCCUCUUCUGCCUCUUGCCACGCCUCUUCUGCCUCUUGCCACGCCUCUUCUGCCUCUUGCCAAGCCUCUUCUGCCUCUUGCCAAGCCUCUUCUGCCUCUUGCCAAGCCUCUUCUGCCUCUUGCCACGCCUCUUCUGCCUCUUGCCACGCCUCUUCUGCCUCUUGCCACGCCUCUUCUGCCUCUUGCCACGCCUCUUCUGCCUCUUGCCACGCCUCUUCUGCCUCUUGCCAAGCCUCUUCUGCCUCUUGCCAAGCCUCUUCUGCCUCUUGCCAAGCCUCUUCUGCCUCUUGCCAAGCCUCUUCUGCCUCUUGCCACGCCUCUUCUGCCUCUUGCCACGCCUCUUCUGCCUCUUGCCACGCCUCUUCUGCCUCUUGCCAAGCCUCUUCUGCCUCUUGCCAAGCCUCUUCUGCCUCUUGCCAAGCCUCUUCUGCCUCUUGCCAAGCCUCUUCUGCCUCUUGCCACGCCUCUUCUGCCUCUUGCCACGCCUCUUCUGCCUCUUGCCACGCCUCUUCUGCCUCUUGCCAAGCCUCUUCUGCCUCUUGCCAAGCCUCUUCUGCCUCUUGCCAAGCCUCUUCUGCCUCUUGCCAAGCCUCUUCUGCCUCUUGCCACGCCUCUUCUGCCUCUUGCCACGCCUCUUCUGCCUCUUGCCACGCCUCUUCUGCCUCUUGCCACGCCUCUUCUGCCUCUUGCCACGCCUCUUCUGCCUCUUGCCACGCCUCUUCUGCCUCUUGCCACGCCUCUUCUGCCUCUUGCCACGCCUCUUCUGCCUCUUGCCAAGCCUCUUCUGCCUCUUGCCACGCCUCUUCUGCCUCUUGCCAAGCCUCUUCUGCCUCUUGCCAAGCCUCUUCUGCCUCUUGCCAAGCCUCUUCUGCCUCUUGCCACGCCUCUUCUGCCUCUUGCCAAGCCUCUUCUGCCUCUUGCCAAGCCUCUUCUGCCUCUUGCCAAGCCUCUUCUGCCUCUUGCCACGCCUCUUCUGCUCUUGCCACGCCUCUUCUGCCUCUUGCCACGCCUCUUCUGCCUCUUGCCACGCCUCUUCUGCCUCUUGCCACGCCUCUUCUGCCUCUUGCCACGCCUCUUCUGCCUCUUGCCACGCCUCUUCUGCCUCUUGCCACGCCUCUUCUGCCUCUUGCCACGCCUUCCUCUUCUGCCUCUUGCCAAGCCUCUUCUGCCUCUUGCCAAGCCUCUUCUGCCUCUUGCCACGCCUUGUCUGCCUCUUGCCACGCCUCUUCUGCCUCUUGCCAAGCCUCUUCUGCCUCUUGCCAAGCCUCUUCUGCCUCUUGCCAAGCCUCUUCUGCCUCUUGCCACGCCUCUUCUGCCUCUUGCCACGCCUCUUCUGCCUCUUGCCACGCCUCUUCUGCCUCUUGCCACGCCUCUUCUGCCUCUUGCCAAGCCUCUUCUGCCUCUUGCCACGCCUCUUCUGCCUCUUGCCAAGCCUCUUCUGCCUCUUGCCACGCCUCUUCUGCCUCUUGCCACGCCUCUUCUGCCUCUUGCCACGCCUCUUCUGCCUCUUGCCACGCCUCUUCUGCCUCUUGCCACGCCUCUUCUGCCUCUUGCCACGCCUCUUCUGCCUCUUGCCAAGCCUCUUCUGCCUCUUGCCACGCCUCUUCUGCCUCUUGCCACGCCUCUUCUGCCUCUUGCCACGCCUCUUCUGCCUCUUGCCAAGCCUCUUCUGCCUCUUGCCAAGCCUCUUCUGCCUCUUGCCAAGCCUCUUCUGCCUCUUGCCACGCCUCUUCUGCCUCUUGCCACGCCUCUUCUGCCUCUUGCCACGCCUCUUCUGCCUCUUGCCACGCCUCUUCUGCCUCUUGCCACGCCUCUUCUGCCUCUUGCCAAGCCUCUUCUGCCUCUUGCCAAGCCUCUUCUGCCUCUUGCCAAGCCUCUUCUGCCUCUUGCCAAGCCUCUUCUGCCUCUUGCCACGCCUCUUCUGCCUCUUGCCACGCCUCUUCUGCCUCUUGCCACGCCUCUUCUGCCUCUUGCCAAGCCUCUUCUGCCUCUUGCCAAGCCUCUUCUGCCUCUUGCCAAGCCUCUUCUGCCUCUUGCCAAGCCUCUUCUGCCUCUUGCCACGCCUCUUCUGCCUCUUGCCACGCCUCUUCUGCCUCUUGCCACGCCUCUUCUGCCUCUUGCCAAGCCUCUUCUGCCUCUUGCCAAGCCUCUUCUGCCUCUUGCCAAGCCUCUUCUGCCUCUUGCCAAGCCUCUUCUGCCUCUUGCCAAGCCUCUUCUGCCUCUUGCCACGCCUCUUCUGCCUCUUGCCACGCCUCUUCUGCCUCUUGCCACGCCUCUUCUGCCUCUUGCCAAGCCUCUUCUGCCUCUUGCCACGCCUCUUCUGCCUCUUGCCACGCCUCUUCUGCCUCUUGCCACGCCUCUUCUGCCUCUUGCCACGCCUCUUCUGCCUCUUGCCAAGCCUCUUCUGCCUCUUGCCACGCCUCUUCUGCCUCUUGCCAAGCCUCUUCUGCCUCUUGCCAAGCCUCUUCUGCCUCUUGCCAAGCCUCUUCUGCCUCUUGCCACGCCUCUUCUGCCUCUUGCCAAGCCUCUUCUGCCUCUUGCCAAGCCUCUUCUGCCUCUUGCCAAGCCUCUUCUGCCUCUUGCCACGCCUCUUCUGCCUCUUGCCACGCCUCUUCUGCCUCUUGCCAAGCCUCUUCUGCCUCUUGCCACGCCUCUUCUGCCUCUUGCCACGCCUCUUCUGCCUCUUGCCACGCCUCUUCUGCCUCUUGCCAAGCCUCUUCUGCCUCUUGCCAAGCCUCUUCUGCCUCUUGCCAAGCCUCUUCUGCCUCUUGCCAAGCCUCUUCUGCCUCUUGCCACGCCUCUUCUGCCUCUUGCCACGCCUCUUCUGCCUCUUGCCACGCCUCUUCUGCCUCUUGCCACGCCUCUUCUGCCUCUUGCCACGCCUCUUCUGCCUCUUGCCACGCCUCUUCUGCCUCUUGCCACGCCUCUUCUGCCUCUUGCCACGCCUCUUCUGCCUCUUGCCAAGCCUCUUCUGCCUCUUGCCACGCCUCUUCUGCCUCUUGCCACGCCUCUUCUGCCUCUUGCCACGCCUCUUCUGCCUCUUGCCAAGCCUCUUCUGCCUCUUGCCAAGCCUCUUCUGCCUCUUGCCAAGCCUCUUCUGCCUCUUGCCACGCCUCUUCUGCCUCUUGCCACGCCUCUUCUGCCUCUUGCCACGCCUCUUCUGCCUCUUGCCAAGCCUCUUCUGCCUCUUGCCAAGCCUCUUCUGCCUCUUGCCAAGCCUCUUCUGCCUCUUGCCACGCCUCUUCUGCCUCUUGCCACGCCUCUUCUGCCUCUUGCCACGCCUCUUCUGCCUCUUGCCACGCCUCUUCUGCCUCUUGCCACGCUCUUCUGCCUCUUGCCAAGCCUCUUCUGCCUCUUGCCAAGCCUCUUCUGCCUCUUGCCAAGCCUCUUCUGCCUCUUGCCACGCCUCUUCUGCCUCUUGCCACGCCUCUUCUGCCUCUUGCCACGCCUCUUCUGCCUCUUGCCACGCCUCUUCUGCCUCUUGCCAAGCCUCUUCUGCCUCUUGCCAAGCCUCUUCUGCCUCUUGCCAAGCCUCUUCUGCCUCUUGCCAAGCCUCUUCUGCCUCUUGCCACGCCUCUUCUGCCUCUUGCCACGCCUCUUCUGCCUCUUGCCACGCCUCUUCUGCCUCUUGCCAAGCCUCUUCUGCCUCUUGCCACGCCUCUUCUGCCUCUUGCCACGCCUCUUCUGCCUCUUGCCAAGCCUCUUCUGCCUCUUGCCACGCCUCUUCUGCCUCUUGCCACGCCUCUUCUGCCUCUUGCCACGCCUCUUCUGCCUCUUGCCACGCCUCUUCUGCCUCUUGCCACGCCUCUUCUGCCUCUUGCCACGCCUCUUCUGCCUCUUGCCACGCCUCUUCUGCCUCUUGCCACGCCUCUUCUGCCUCUUGCCACGCCUCUUCUGCCUCUUGCCACGCCUCUUCUGCCUCUUGCCACGCCUCUUCUGCCUCUUGCCACGCCUCUUCUGCCUCUUGCCACGCCUCUUCUGCCUCUUGCCACGCCUCUUCUGCCUCUUGCCACGCCUCUUCUGCCUCUUGCCACGCCUCUUCUGCCUCUUGCCACGCCUCUUCUGCCUCUUGCCACGCCUCUUCUGCCUCUUGCCACGCCUCUUCUGCCUCUUGCCACGCCUCUUCUGCCUCUUGCCACGCCUCUUCUGCCUCUUGCCACGCCUCUUCUGCCUCUUGCCACGCCUCUUCUGCCUCUUGCCACGCCUCUUCUGCCUCUUGCCACGCCUCUUCUGCCUCUUGCCACGCCUCUUCUGCCUCUUGCCACGCCUCUUCUGCCUCUUGCCACGCCUCUUCUGCCUCUUGCCACGCCUCUUCUGCCUCUUGCCACGCCUCUUCUGCCUCUUGCCACGCCUCUUCUGCCUCUUGCCAAGCCUCUUCUGCCUCUUGCCAAGCCUCUUCUGCCUCUUGCCAAGCCUCUUCUGCCUCUUGCCACGCCUCUUCUGCCUCUUGCCACGCCUCUUCUGCCUCUUGCCACGCCUCUUCUGCCUCUUGCCACGCCUCUUCUGCCUCUUGCCAAGCCUCUUCUGCCUCUUGCCACGCCUCUUCUGCCUCUUGCCAAGCCUCUUCUGCCUCUUGCCACGCCUCUUCUGCCUCUUGCCAAGCCUCUUCUGCCUCUUGCCACGCCUCUUCUGCCUCUUGCCAAGCCUCUUCUGCCUCUUGCCACGCCUCUUCUGCCUCUUGCCAAGCCUCUUCUGCCUCUUGCCAAGCCUCUUCUGCCUCUUGCCACGCCUCUUCUGCCUCUUGCCACGCCUCUUCUGCCUCUUGCCACGCCUCUUCUGCCUCUUGCCAAGCCUCUUCUGCCUCUUGCCAAGCCUCUUCUGCCUCUUGCCAAGCCUCUUCUGCCUCUUGCCACGCCUCUUCUGCCUCUUGCCACGCCUCUUCUGCCUCUUGCCACGCCUCUUCUGCCUCUUGCCACGCCUCUUCUGCCUCUUGCCACGCCUCUUCUGCCUCUUGCCACGCCUCUUCUGCCUCUUGCCAAGCCUCUUCUGCCUCUUGCCACGCCUCUUCUGCCUCUUGCCACGCCUCUUCUGCCUCUUGCCACGCCUCUUCUGCCUCUUGCCACGCCUCUUCUGCCUCUUGCCACGCCUCUUCUGCCUCUUGCCAAGCCUCUUCUGCCUCUUGCCACGCCUCUUCUGCCUCUUGCCACGCCUCUUCUGCCUCUUGCCAAGCCUCUUCUGCCUCUUGCCACGCCUCUUCUGCCUCUUGCCACGCCUCUUCUGCCUCUUGCCACGCCUCUUCUGCCUCUUGCCACGCCUCUUCUGCCUCUUGCCACGCCUCUUCUGCCUCUUGCCACGCCUCUUCUGCCUCUUGCCACGCCUCUUCUGCCUCUUGCCACGCCUCUUCUGCCUCUUGCCACGCCUCUUCUGCCUCUUGCCACGCCUCUUCUGCCUCUUGCCACGCCUCUUCUGCCUCUUGCCACGCCUCUUCUGCCUCUUGCCACGCCUCUUCUGCCUCUUGCCACGCCUCUUCUGCCUCUUGCCACGCCUCUUCUGCCUCUGCCACGCCUCUUCUGCCUCUUGCCACGCCUCUUCUGCCUCUUGCCACGCCUCUUCUGCCUCUUGCCACGCCUCUUCUGCCUCUUGCCACGCCUCUUCUGCCUCUUGCCACGCCUCUUCUGCCUCUUGCCACGCCUCUUCUGCCUCUUGCCACGCCUCUUCUGCCUCUUGCCACGCCUCUUCUGCCUCUUGCCACGCCUCUUCUGCCUCUUGCCACGCCUCUUCUGCCUCUUGCCACGCCUCUUCUGCCUCUUGCCACGCCUCUUCUGCCUCUUGCCACGCCUCUUCUGCCUCUUGCCACGCCUCUUCUGCCUCUUGCCACGCCUCUUCUGCCUCUUGCCACGCCUCUUCUGCCUCUUGCCACGCCUCUUCUGCCUCUUGCCACGCCUCUUCUGCCUCUUGCCACGCCUCUUCUGCCUCUUGCCACGCCUCUUCUGCCUCUUGCCACGCCUCUUCUGCUCUUGCCACGCCUCUUCUGCCUCUUGCCACGCCUCUUCUGCCUCUUGCCACGCCUCUUCUGCCUCUUGCCACGCCUCUUCUGCCUCUUGCCACGCCUCUUCUGCCUCUUGCCACGCCUCUUCUGCCUCUUGCCACGCCUCUUCUGCCUCUUGCCACGCCUCUUCUGCCUCUUGCCACGCCUCUUCUGCCUCUUGCCACGCCUCUUCUGCCUCUUGCCACGCCUCUUCUGCCUCUUGCCACGCCUCUUCUGCCUCUUGCCACGCCUCUUCUGCCUCUUGCCACGCCUCUUCUGCCUCUUGCCACGCCUCUUCUGCUCUUGCCAAGCCUCUUCUGCCUCUUGCCACGCCUCUUCUGCCUCUUGCCACGCCUCUUCUGCCUCUUGCCACGCCUCUUCUGCCUCUUGCCACGCCUCUUCUGCCUCUUGCCACGCCUCUUCUGCCUCUUGCCACGCCUCUUCUGCCUCUUGCCACGCCUCUUCUGCCUCUUGCCACGCCUCUUCUGCCUCUUGCCACGCCCUCUUCUGCCUCUUGCCACGCCUCUUCUGCCUCUUGCCACGCCUCUUCUGCCUCUUGCCACGCCUCUUCUGCCUCUUGCCAAGCCUCUUCUGCCUCUUGCCACGCCUCUUCUGCCUCUUGCCACGCCUCUUCUGCCUCUUGCCACGCCUCUUCUGCCUCUUGCCACGCCUCUUCUGCCUCUUGCCACGCCUCUUCUGCCUCUUGCCACGCCUCUUCUGCCUCUUGCCAAGCCUCUUCUGCCUCUUGCCACGCCUCUUCUGCCUCUUGCCACGCCUCUUCUGCCUCUUGCCACGCCUCUUCUGCCUCUUGCCACGCCUCUUCUGCUCUUGCCACGCCUCUUCUGCCUCUUGCCACGCCUCUUCUGCCUCUUGCCACGCCUCUUCUGCCUCUUGCCACGCCUCUUCUGCCUCUUGCCACGCCUCUUCCUGCCUCUUGCCACGCCUCUUCUGCCUCUUGCCACGCCUCUUCUGCCUCUUGCCACGCCUCUUCUGCUCUUGCCAAGCCUCUCUGCCUCUUGCACGCCUCUUCUGCCUCUUGCCACGCCUCUUCUGCCUCUUGCCACGCCUCUUCUGCCUCUUGCCACGCCUCUUCUGCCUCUUGCCACGGCCUCUUCUGCCUCUUGCCACGCCUCUUCUGCCUCUUGCCACGCCUCUUCUGCCUCUUGCCACGCCUCUUCUGCCUCUUGCCACGCCUCUUCUGCCUCUUGCCAAGCCUCUUCUGCCUCUUGCCACGCCUCUUCUGCCUCUUGCCACGCCUCUUCUGCCUCUUGCCACGCCUCUUCUGCCUCUUGCCACGCCUCUUCUGCCUCUUGCCACGCCUCUUCUGCCUCUUGCCACGCCUCUUCUGCCUCUUGCCACGCCUCUUCUGCCUCUUGCCACGCCUCUUCUGCCUCUUGCCACGCCUCUUCUGCCUCUUGCCACGCCUCUUCUGCCUCUUGCCACGCCUCUUCUGCCUCUUGCCACGCCUCUUCUGCCUCUUGCCACGCCUCUUCUGCCUCUUGCCACGCCUCUUCUGCCUCUUGCCACGCCUCUUCUGCCUCUUGCCACGCCUCUUCUGCCUCUUGCCACGCCUCUUCUGCCUCUUGCCACGCCUCUUCUGCCUCUUGCCACGCCUCUUCUGCCUCUUGCCACGCCUCUUCUGCCUCUUGCCACGCCUCUUCUGCCUCUUGCCACGCCUCUUCUGCCUCUUGCCAAGCCUCUUCUGCCUCUUGCCACGCCUCUUCUGCCUCUUGCCACGCCUCUUCUGCCUCUUGCCACGCCUCUUCUGCCUCUUGCCACGCCUCUUCUGCCUCUUGCCACGCCUCUUCUGCCUCUUGCCACGCCUCUUCUGCCUCUUGCCACGCCUCUUCUGCCUCUUGCCACGCCUCUUCUGCCUCUUGCCACGCCUCUUCUGCCUCUUGCCACGCCUCUUCUGCCUCUUGCCACGCCUCUUCUGCUCUUGCCAAGCCUCUUCUGCCUCUUGCCACGCCUCUUCUGCCUCUUGCCACGCCUCUUCUGCCUCUUGCCACGCCUCUUCUGCCUCUUGCCACGCCUCUUCUGCCUCUUGCCACGCCUCUUCUGCCUCUUGCCACGCCUCUUCUGCCUCUUGCCACGCCUCUUCUGCCUCUUGCCACGCCUCUUCUGCCUCUUGCCAAGCCUCUUCUGCCUCUUGCCACGCCUCUUCUGCCUCUUGCCACGCCUCUUCUGCUCUUGCCACGCCUCUUCUGCCUCUUGCCACGCCUCUUCUGCCUCUUGGCCACGCCUCUUCUGCCUCUUGCCAAGCCUCUUUCUGCCUCUUGCCACGCCUCUUCUGCCUCUUGCCACGCCUCUUCUGCCUCUUGCCACGCCUCUUCUGCCUCUUGCCACGCCUCUUCUGCCUCUUGCCACGCCUCUUCUGCCUCUUGCCACGCUCUUCUGCCUCUUGCCAAGCCUCUUCUGCCUCUUGCCACGCCUCUUCUGCCUCUUGCCACGCCUCUUCUGCCUCUUGCCACGCCUCUUCUGCCUCUUGCCACGCCUCUUUCUGCCUCUUGCCACGCCUCUUCUGCCUCUUGCCAAGCCUCUUCUUUCUUCGCCUCUUGCCACGCCUCUUCUGCCUCUUGCCACGCCUCUUCUGCCUCUUGCCAAGGCCUCUUCUGCCUCUUGCCAGCCUCUUCUGCUCUUGCCACGCCUCUUCUGCCUCUUGCGACGCCUCUUCUGCCUCUUGCCAACGCCUCUUCUGCCUCUUGCCAAGCCCUCUUCUGCCUCUUGCCACGCCUCUUCUGCCUCUUGCCACGCCUCUUCUGCCUCUUGCCACGCCUCUUCUGCCUCUUGCCACGCCUCUUCUGCUCUUGCCCACGCCUCUUCUGCCUCUUGCCACGCUCUCUGCCUCUGCCAAGCCUCUGCCUCUUGCCACGCCUCUUCUGCCUCUUGCCACGCCUCUUCUGCCUCUUGCCACGCCUCUUCUGCCUCUUGCCACGCCUCUUCUGCCUCUUGGCCACGCCUCUUCUGCCUCUUGCCACGCCUCUUCUGCCUCUUGCCACGCCUCUUCUGCCUCUUGCCACGCCUCUUCUGCCUCUUGCCAAGCCUCUUCUGCCUCUUGCCACGCCUCUUCUGCCUCUUGCCACGCCUCUUCUGCCUCUUGCCACGCCCUCUUCUGCCUCUUGCCACGCCUCUUCUGCCUCUUGCCACGCCUCUUCUGCUCUUGCCACGCCUCUUCUGCCUCUUGCCAAGCCUUCUUCUGCUCUCUUGGGGCCACGCCUCUUCUGCCUCUUGCCACGCCUCUUCUGCCUCUUGCCACGCCUCUUCUGCCUCUUGCCACGCCUCUUCUGCCUCUUGCCACGCCUCUUCUGCCUCUUGCCACGCCUCUUCUGCCUCUUGGCCACGCCUCUUCUGCCUCUUGCCAAGCCUCUUCCUGACUCUUGCCACGCCUCUUCUGCCUCUUGCCACGCCUCUUCUGCCUCUUGCCACGCCUCUUCUGCCUCUUGCCACGCCUCUUCUGCCUCUUGCCACGCCUCUUCUGCCUCUUGCCACGCCUCUUCUGCCUCUUGCCACGCCUCUUCUGCCUCUUGCCACGCCUCUUCUUGCCUCUUGCCACGCCUCUUCUGCCUCUUGCCACGCCUCUUCUGCCUCUUGCCACGCCUCUUCUGCCUCUUGCCACGCCUCUUCUGCCUCUUGCCACGCCUCUUCUGCCUCUUGCCACGCCUCUUCUGCCUCUUGCCACGCCUCUUCUGCCUCUUGCCACGCCUCUUCUGCCUCUUGCCACGCCUCUUCUGCCUCUUGCCACGCCUCUUCUGCCUCUUGCCACGCCUCUUCUGCCUCUUGCCACGCCUCUUCUGCCUCUUGCCACGCCUCUUCUGCCUCUUGCCACGCCUCUUCUGCCUCUUGCCACGCCUCUUCUGCCUCUUGCCACGCCUCUUCUGCCUCUUGCCACGCCUCUUCUGCCUCUUGCCACGCCUCUUCUGCCUCUUGCCACGCCUCUUCUGCCUCUUGCCACGCCUCUUCUGCCUCUUGCCACGCCUCUUCUGCCUCUUGCCACGCCUCUUCUGCCUCUUGCCACGCCUCUUCUGCCUCUUGCCACGCCUCUUCUGCCUCUUGCCACGCCUCUUCUGCCUCUUGCCACGCCUCUUCUGCCUCUUGCCACGCCUCUUCUGCCUCUUGCCACGCCUCUUCUGCCUCUUGCCACGCCUCUUCUGCCUCUUGCCACGCCUCUUCUGCCUCUUGCCACGCCUCUUCUGCCUCUUGCCACGCCUCUUCUGCCUCUUGCCACGCCUCUUCUGCUCUUGCCACGCCUCUUCUGCCUCUUGCCACGCCUCUUCUGCCUCUUGCCACGCCUCUUCUGCCUCUUGCCACGCCUCUUCUGCCUCUUGCCACGCCUCUUCUGCCUCUUGCCACGCCUCUUCUGCCUCUUGCCACGCCUCUUCUGCCUCUUGCCACGCCUCUUCUGCCUCUUGCCACGCCUCUUCUGCCUCUUGCCACGCCUCUUCUGCCUCUUGCCACGCCUCUUCUGCCUCUUGCCACGCCUCUUCUGCCUCUUGCCACGCCUCUUCUGCCUCUUGCCACGCCUCUUCUGCCUCUUGCCACGCCUCUUCUGCCUCUUGCCACGCCUCUUCUGCCUCUUGCCACGCCUCUUCUGCCUCUUGCCACGCCUCUUCUGCCUCUUGCCACGCCUCUUCUGCCUCUUGCCACGCCUCUUCUGCCUCUUGCCACGCCUCUUCUGCUCUUGCCACGCCUCUUCUGCCUCUUGCCACGCCUCUUCUGCCUCUUGCCACGCCUCUUCUGCCUCUUGCCACGCCUCUUCUGCUCUUGCCACGCCUCUUCUGCCUCUUGCCACGCCUCUUCUGCCUCUUGCCACGCCUCUUCUGCCUCUUGCCACGCCUCUUCUGCCUCUUGCCACGCCUCUUCUGCCUCUUGCCACGCUCUUCUGCCUCUUGCCACGCCUCUUCUGCCUCUUGCCACGCCUCUUCUGCCUCUUGCCACGCCUCUUCUGCCUCUUGCCACGCCUCUUCUGCCUCUUGCCACGCCUCUUCUGCCUCUUGCCACGCCUCUUCUGCCUCUUGCCACGCCUCUUCUGCCUCUUGCCACGCCUCUUCUGCCUCUUGCCACGCCUCUUCUGCUCUUGCCACGCCUCUUCUGCCUCUUGCCACGCUCUUCUGCUCUUGCCACGCUCUUCUGCCUCUUGCCACGCCUCUUCUGCCUCUUGCCACGCCUCUUCUGCCUCUUGCCACGCCUCUUCUGCCUCUUGCCACGCCUCUUCUGCCUCUUGCCACGCCUCUUCUGCCUCUUGCCACGCCUCUUCUGCCUCUUGCCACGCCUCUUCUGCCUCUUGCCACGCCUCUUCUGCCUCUUGCCACGCCUCUUCUGCCUCUUGCCACGCCUCUUCUGCCUCUUGCCACGCCUCUUCUGCCUCUUGCCACGCCUCUUCUGCCUCUUGCCACGCCUCUUCUGCCUCUUGCCACGCCUCUUCUGCCUCUUGCCACGCCUCUUCUGCCUCUUGCCACGCCUCUUUCUGCCUCUUGCCACGCCUCUUCUGCCUCUUGCCACGCCUCUUCUGCCUCUUGCCACGCCUCUUCUGCCUCUUGCCACGCCUCUUCUGCCUCUUGCCACGCUCUUCUGCCUCUUGCCACGCCUCUUCUGCCUCUUGCCACGCCUCUUCUGCCUCUUGCCACGCCUCUUCUGCCUCUUGCCACGCCUCUUCUGCCUCUUGCCACGCCUCUUCUGCCUCUUGCCACGCCUCUUCUGCCUCUUGCCACGCCUCUUCUGCCUCUUGCCACGCCUCUUCUGCCUCUUGCCACGCCUCUUCUGCCUCUUGCCACGCCUCUUCUGCCUCUUGCCACGCCUCUUCUGCCUCUUGCCACGCCUCUUCUGCCUCUUGCCACGCCUCUUCUGCCUCUUGCCACGCCUCUUCUGCCUCUUGCCACGCCUCUUCUGCCUCUUGCCACGCCUCUUCUGCUCUUGCCUUGCCACGCCUCUUCUGCCUCUUGCCACGCCUCUUCUGCCUCUUGCCACGCCUCUUCUGCCUCUUGCCACGCCUCUUCUGCCUCUUGCCACGCCUCUUCUGCCUCUUGCCACGCCUCUUCUGCCUCUUGCCACGCCUCUUCUGCCUCUUGCCACGCCUCUUCUGCCUCUUGCCACGCCUCUUCUGCCUCUUGCCACGCCUCUUCUGCCUCUUGCCACGCCUCUUCUGCCUCUUGCCACGCCUCUUCUGCCUCUUGCCACGCCUCUUCUGCCUCUUGCCACGCCUCUUCUGCCUCUUGCCACGCCUCUUCUGCCUCUUGCCACGCCUCUUCUGCCUCUUGCCACGCCUCUUCUGCCUCUUGCCACGCCUCUUCUGCCUCUUGCCACGCCUCUUCUGCCUCUUGCCACGCCUCUUCUGCCUCUUGCCACGCCUCUUCUGCCUCUUGCCACGCCUCUUCUGCCUCUUGCCACGCCUCUUCUGCCUCUUGCCACGCCUCUUCUGCCUCUUGCCACGCCUCUUCUGCCUCUUGCCACGCCUCUUCUGCCUCUUGCCACGCCUCUUCUGCCUCUUGCCACGCCUCUUCUGCCUCUUGCCACGCCUCUUCUGCCUCUUGCCACGCCUCUUCUGCCUCUUGCCACGCCUCUUCUGCCUCUUGCCACGCCUCUUCUGCCUCUUGCCACGCCUCUUCUGCCUCUUGCCACGCCUCUUCUGCCUCUUGCCACGCCUCUUCUGCCUCUUGCCACGCCUCUUCUGCCUCUUGCCACGCCUCUUCUGCCUCUUGCCACGCCUCUUCUGCCUCUUGCCACGCCUCUUCUGCCUCUUGCCACGCUCUGCUCUUGCCACGCCUCUUCUGCCUCUUGCCACGCCUCUUCUGCCUCUUGCCACGCCUCUUCUGCCUCUUGCCACGCCUCUUCUGCCUCUUGCCACGCCUCUUCUGCCUCUUGCCACGCCUCUUCUGCCUCUUGCCACGCCUCUUCUGCCUCUUGCCACGCCUCUUCUGCCUCUUGCCACGCCUCUUCUGCCUCUUGCCACGCCUCUUCUGCCUCUUGCCACGCCUCUUCUGCCUCUUGCCACGCCUCUUCUGCCUCUUGCCACGCCUCUUCUGCCUCUUGCCACGCCUCUUCUGCCUCUUGCCACGCCUCUUCUGCCUCUUGCCACGCCUCUUCUGCCUCUUGCCACGCCUCUUCUGCCUCUUGCCACGCCUCUUCUGCCUCUUGCCACGCCUCUUCUGCCUCUUGCCACGCCUCUUCUGCCUCUUGCCACGCCUCUUCUGCCUCUUGCCACGCCUCUUCUGCCUCUUGCCACGCCUCUUCUGCCUCUUGCCACGCCUCUUCUGCCUCUUGCCACGCCUCUUCUGCCUCUUGCCACGCCUCUUCUGCCUCUUGCCACGCCUCUUCUGCCUCUUGCCACGCCUCUUCUGCCUCUUGCCACGCCUCUUCUGCCUCUUGCCACGCCUCUUCUGCCUCUUGCCACGCCUCUUCUGCCUCUUGCCACGCCUCUUCUGCCUCUUGCCACGCCUCUUCUGCCUCUUGCCACGCCUCUUCUGCCUCUUGCCACGCCUCUUCUGCCUCUUGCCACGCCUCUUCUGCCUCUUGCCACGCUCUUCUGCCUCUUGCCACGCUCUUCUGCCUCUUGCCACGCCUCUUCUGCCUCUUGCCACGCCUCUUCUGCCUCUUGCCACGCCUCUUCUGCCUCUUGCCACGCCUCUUCUGCCUCUUGCCACGCCUCUUCUGCCUCUUGCCACGCCUCUUCUGCCUCUUGCCACGCCUCUUCUGCCUCUUGCCACGCCUCUUCUGCCUCUUGCCACGCCUCUUCUGCCUCUUGCCACGCCUCUUCUGCCUCUUGCCACGCCUCUUCUGCCUCUUGCCACGCCUCUUCUGCCUCUUGCCACGCCUCUUCUGCUGCUCUUGCCACGCCUCUUCUGCCUCUUGCCACGCCUCUUCUGCCUCUUGCCACGCCUCUUCUGCCUCUUGCCACGCCUCUUCUGCCUCUUGCCACGCCUCUUCUGCCUCUUGCCACGCCUCUUCUGCCUCUUGCCACGCCUCUUCUGCCUCUUGCCACGCCUCUUCUGCCUCUUGCCACGCCUCUUCUGCCUCUUGCCACGCCUCUUCUGCCUCUUGCCACGCCUCUUCUGCCUCUUGCCACGCCUCUUCUGCCUCUUGCCACGCCUCUUCUGCCUCUUGCCAGCCGCUCUUCUUCUGCCCUCUUGCCACGACCUCUUCUUGCCUCUUGCCACGCCUCUUCUGCCUCUUGCCACUCCUCUUCUGCCUCUUGCCACGCCUCUUCUUGCUCUUGCCACGCCUCUUCUGCCUCUUGCCACGCCUUCUCUGCCUCUUGCCAAGCCUCUUCUGCCUCUUGCCACGCCUCUUCUGCCUCUUGCCACGCCUCUUCUGCCUCUUGCCACGCCUUCUUCUGCCUCUUGCCACGCCUCUUCUGCCUCUUGCCAAGCCUCUUCUGCCUCUUGCCACGCCUCUUCUGCCUCUGCCAGCUCUCCUGCCUCUUGCCACGCCUCUUCUGCCUCUUGCCAGCCUCUCUGCCUCUUGCCACGCCUCUUCUGA